UUUAUUCGUGAUAAAUCUCUUUGAUCGUUAUAUCGAAUUCUUUAUUAAUUUCUAACUUGGAAAUGUAUUUUCUCAUACUGUCUCGUAUAAUUCCAUUUCCCAUAAAUUAUAGUUUUCAUAACAUAACCUUCUUCUUGCAACGAUCGCUCAAACGACAAACGUCUGCCCUCGCAGACAACACGUGAUAAACAUUUAUAAGUUGUGGCGUUUCUUGUAUUCUAAAUAUUGUAUUGCAAAUUAUAAUACCUGCUUAUCGUUGAAAUAUCGAAAUUAUUUCAAAUAUUAUACCGUCUCUAUAUGCAGAAAUAUGUGUAUAAAAUGUAUCGUGGAUAUAAUAUAACCUUAAUGUUAUAAUACCAAUUAGCGAAUAGUAAGUUUUAUAAAGAAAUUGAAAAUGUCAAGUGAAACGGGGAACGAUGUCACUCAUAAAACUCAUAGAGAGCGUAAUGCCGGUCGUAAAGCGGAAAAAAAGAAACGAAAGAAAAGCCAUGUUCAAGAACUUACGGAUAAACAGAAAAAUCCAAAGGCAUUUACAUUUAAUUCUGCGAUUAAGGCAGAAAGACAAUUUAGACGGAAACAGGAUAUAGAAACAAAGAAACAACACAUACCACUGGUUGAUAGAACUCCUCUUGAACCUCCUCCGGUUUUAGUUGCUAUUGUUGGCCCUCCGAAGGUUGGCAAAUCUUUAGUUGUUCAAUGUCUCAUUAAGAGUUACGUGAAACAACCAUUAACUAAUAUAGUUGGCCCUGUUACUGUAGUUUCUGGAAAGAAAAGAAGAAUUACCUUUAUGGAAUGUAACAAUGAUCUAAAUAGUAUGAUAGACAUUGCUAAAGUAGCAGACCUAGUGUUGCUCUUGGUAGACGCGUCCUUUGGCUUUGAGAUGGAAAUAUUUGAAUUUCUAAACAUCUGUCAAGUUCAUGGUAUGCCUAGAAUUAUGGGUGUUUUAACUCACUUAGAUUUAGUAAAAAAUGCAAAACAGUUAAAGAAAAUCAAAAAGACGUUGAAACAAAGAUUUUGGACGGAAGUCUAUGCCGGAGCAAAAUUAUUUUAUCUAUCUGGAUUAAUUCAUGGAGAAUAUUUACGUACAGAAAUAAAAAAUUUAGCAAGAUUUAUUUCUGUCAUGAAAUUUAGGCCAUUGACUUGGCGUACCACGCAUCCUUAUAUUUUAGCUGACAGAGUGGAAGAUUUAACAUCUCCGGAACUAAUUAGACAAAAUCCAAAAGUUGAUAGGACAAUAAGUUUAUAUGGGUAUGUGAGAGGAAUUCCAUUAAAUAAAGAAACAUCCGUACAUAUUCCGGGUUGUGGCGAUCUAAAGAUCAAAGAUGUUAGUUUUUUGCCAGAUCCGUGUCCUUUGCCUGAAGAGUUAAAGAAACGUGCAUUAGUAGAAAAGGAACGAUUAAUUUAUGCACCUUUUUCCGGUGUUGGUGGUAUAGUAUAUGACAAGGAUGCUGUUUAUGUUGAAUUGGGUGGUAGCCAUUCUCAUCAAGAAGAAGAAGAAACAGGCUUGGUUGGAGCUUUAAUGGACACACAGGAAACAUUAGACCAAAAGUUACAAUACAGCGAGCUACAGUUAUUUAGCGAUGCUGCUCCAAUAAAGUCACAGGAUGUAAGUGAAGAUUUAGACAGUUAUAAGGGAGAAACUAUAAUUAAUAAUGGCAGGAUCAGAAGAAAGGUUCUCUUUUCUGAUUCUCAAUCACUGGAGAAUUUCUCCGAUGUAUCUGAUGAUAGCGAUCAGGAAGAUAUCGCAGACGAUCAGUUAAACAGCGAUCAAGAGGAAGAAAGUGAGAAUGAGGAAGUAGAUGAAGUGGAAGCGAAGGCUGAAUGUUUGCAGACAGACAAUGACGGUGAGAAAGAAACGUAUAAAAAGAAAGGCCUUAAGAGAAAAAGUAAAAGCUAUAAACCAGAGAAUGUUAAAAAGAGGAAAAGUUCGUCAGAUAAUUCAAAUCUGGAAGACAACGACGUAUCUAUUACGAAGCAAAACUCUCUGAAUUUGACAAAAGGUAAAAUUUCAAAUGUAUCGAAUGACACGGAUGUUUAUCGUUCUCUGUGCAAGGAAUCGGAUAUCUUUGUAAAAAAUAAGAUUAAGGAAGCGCUCGACCAAUUAAAUUUAGAUUCAAGUAAAACAAGCGAGAGGAUAAAUAGCGAGAGCGAAAGUUUUGACGAAUUAAGCGACGGAGAUUCACGAGAUGGAUUAGAAAUGGAUGACUCGGAAGAGGGAACUGAUUUUCGUGAAACUUCCGAGGAAGAAGAAGAAGAAGAAAAUAUCGAAGCUAAUAAUAUGAAGAAGAAGAAGAGGGAGGAAGAAGUUGAUGAGAUCGAGGACGACGAAGAAGUUGAAGAUGAAUUAAAAUGGAAAUCAAACUUAGUCGAACAAGCCAGACAAGCAUUCGAAAAACGUCAGCGAAGUAACAAAAAUCUCAUGAAAGUCGUUUACGGAGUGUUCGAUAGGAACUGCACGAAAGAGGAUGAGAAUGUGGAGAAAAUGGAGGUCGAAAAUGACGAAAUAGGUGGUAUCUUCCGUGUCGUUCAAGAACAGCAGAAACAAAAAGUACAAGAAAAAGAGUUGCAAAAUCAAGAGGAAUGUAUAUUUUUUCCGGAAACUCAACGGAAUUGGUUGGACGAAGAAAAUAAAAUACUUGUAGUAAAUCGUUUCGUAACCGGAAAAUGGAAAGAAUCGGAAGAUGCAGAAGAACUCUUAAAGUUAGAUGAUGUAAAUGACGAAGAAUUGUACGGUGAUUUCGAAGAUAUGGAAACUGGGGAAAAGCAUGAAGCAGAAAGUAGAAAAGAAUCCAUAAAGGAUGAAAUGGAGGAAAGGGAAAAGCUCUUGGAAAAGAAGAAAAAAUUGAAGGAACAAUUUGAUUUAGAGUAUGAUAACGGCGAAUCUAAAACAUAUUACGACGAAUUGAAACUUGAAGUUGAAAAACAAGCGAAUUUAAAUAAGUCGGAAUUUGAGGGAUUAGACGAUAACAUAAGGGUACAAUUGGAAGGUUAUCGCCCAGGUAUGUACGUGCGUGUCGAAAUUGAAACUGUGCCAUGUGAACUGGUUACUAAUUUGGAUCCUACAUAUCCAUUAAUUAUUGGAGGGUUGUUACAUGGGGAAGAGAAUAUAGGAUAUGUACAAACAAGAAUAAAAAAGCAUCGAUGGUAUUCGAAGAUCCUAAAGAGCAAAGAUCCAUUAAUACUUUCUGUAGGUUGGCGACGAUUCCAGACGUUACCAGUUUUCUCAAAAUUAGAAGACAACUUGAAAAAUAGAAUGUUAAAAUAUACUCCAGAACAUAUUGCCUGUAUGGCACAUUUUUGGGGUCCUGUUACACCACAAAGUACAGGAAUCCUGGCAGUUCAGGAUGUUGCCACUAGGGUACCAGGUUUUAGAAUAGCGGCAACAGGUUCUAUCGUAGAGAUGGAUAAAAGCACACAGAUCAUGAAAAAAUUGAAACUUACUGGUGUUCCGAUGAAGAUUUAUAAAAAAACAGCUUUUAUAAAAGAUAUGUUUAACUCGGCACUCGAAGUUGCUAAAUUUGAGGGUGCUAGAAUAAAAACCGUAUCCGGUAUACGCGGUCAAAUAAAGAAAGCUGUAUCAAAGCCAGAGGGAUGUUUCCGUGCGACAUUCGAAGACAAAAUACUUUUGAGUGAUAUUGUUUUCUGUCGAACUUGGUAUAAGAUUGACGUUCCAAAAUUUUAUAAUCCUGUUACAUCGCUCCUGUUACCUGUCGAAGAAAAGAAUCGAUGGCAAGGAAUGAAAACAACUGGACAAUUAAAAAGAGAAAGGAACAUUCGCGCACCUGCUAACAAGGAUUCUAUGUAUACACCUAUCGAGAGAAUGGUAAAAGUGUUCAAACCUUUGUCUAUUCCCCGAAGUUUACAGAAAGAGCUCCCGUACCGAGACAAACCAAAAUUAAUGCCAAAAUCGAAACACGAGCCAAACUUCAAGAAAGGCAGAGUAGCAGUAAUACGUGAACCAAAUGAAGCUAACGUUGCGAAGCUGAUGAGAAUGAUUAAGACCAACUACGCUUAUAAACAAAAACAACUUAAAGAAGCUACUAAACGAAGAAUCGAGGGACAUCAAGCUAAAAUUGCUGCCGCUGAAGCACGAAAACUUAAACGGCAGAAAGAAUUGAAGAAACAAGUGUUUAAAGAACUUGGUAAAUUAGAAAAGAAAAAGAGGUCAUAGUGUAUAUUUGUUUAUAAAAUAUAUUGCAUUCUAAUAGA